UGUGUACAAAAGUUAAAAGCCGCUGGAAGUCGUAGUUAGACGAUAUACAGUUCUGUUAGCAUCAACAACUCAAAAAACAGACGAGUGCUCAACGGCUGCUAAAAUAAAAUUAAAGGAAUAAGGAAAUAAAAUUAUAAAGGAUUCAGAGAAUUCAAGGAUAUAUUUAAAUUCAAAUAUAUUAAUAUAUAAUAGUAUUGUGUUAAAAGAAGAUGAUGAAAACGUGUGCUUUGGUAUUCCUGCUCUUCCUCUCAGCGUACCCCACCCGUGGGAGUCCUAUAUACCAUCAGCUCGGAAAAAACAGUAAAUUUAAUACUGAUCCAUUGCUCACUUCCGCCUCAAAUGAUGUGCCGAUGGUACAGAGCAAUAACUUUGAUAUGGUUAUGGCUGAUGACAAUUAUCCCAUGGAAUCCAUGCAGUAUCAGAAUUUCGAGAGUUUCCAUGAACCUAAAAUGGCAGAGAAUACCGAUUUUAGUAUGGAUGAAUCACAGUUCCUACCCAGAAAUACUCCAUUGCGUGCGCCGCAGCCAUUAUCGAAGAAGGAACGUGAAAUUCGGCAACUGAUCGAAGUGGCCGAUCCCAGAGUGGAGAAGAGGAAGAUGCUUAAGCUGAAAAAGGGUUCUUCAGUACCUCGAGGUGCAGACGCUUAUCCAUGGGAUCAGUUCGAUUAUGAUUUGUAUAGCGUGAACCCAGCGAAUCAAAAGAAACAUUAGGUGCUGAUGCUUUUUCCUCGAAAUUGUUAUCUAGAGAUGUGUGUAUUUUGUUGUGAUAUUUUCUGUAAGAUGCUUAAUGUAUACCCUAUUUAUUAAAAAAAAAUAACUAACUAAA